CUUGAUAGGAAAGAGAGGCGCGAGCGUUUCGAAACAACGGAAGUUGACUGACUAAAACUCGAGCGCGUGUCGUGAAAAUUAUUAUUUGUUUAUUUUACAAAGAGACAACUGAGACAAUAAAUUAAUUCUGCAAUAAAAGUGAUCUAUAAGACACAGAUAAAUAAUAAGUGUGUGGUAAAAAAAUUGAAUUGAUUAUACAAUGAAUUAUGUGCUUCAAAAGCAGGUGAUUGUUAGUAGGAAAAUGCCGAAAAGUUCCCAGCUGAUAAGCCAAAUGUUUGAAGACUUUUUGUGAGAAAUUAAAAUGAACCAAAGACUGAUAUGUUGAGACUCAGCAUGCUACUGAGUUGCAUUUUUAUGACGAAUACAGCGCUAAACGACAGGUCGUACCGAACGAUAUCGUUUGGAAAAAGGGAGAUAGCCGACGACUUCGACAAGUACGCGGUCACAUGCUACAUCUGCGUAAACGUCUCUGAUAAUGUCAUCUGCAACAGAUUUGCAAUAGACAGGCCUUGUAAACCAGGAGAAACGUUCUGUCAUAGCCUCCACAUAAUGGAUUCGAAAGGUACGACUGUGCUGGUCAACAAAAAAUGCACGACUGAUAGGGAGUGUUCGAGAACCAAAGUUGGCUGUGUUGAAGUUGAUAAUCAAACUAUGUGCGUCUCUUGUUGCGACCAGAACUACUGUAACGUCAACAUACCCACAAACAACAGUAACGCCAUCUUCGAUGACAAAAUAACGAAAAUGCGGAUGCAUGCCAAGAAUUUGUUUCGGGAACGGGAGAAGGCGCUCACUACAACAAUAAGGGAGGCAAGUGGUGCCAAAAGGACUGAUAUAUUAGGCAUAAAUCAAUGUACUUUAUCGCUCUUAGCCUCGUUAAGCUACUUGUUUCGGUUCUCUUAGUUCCCGAUACAUUCCCAUCCUCUUUACCCCUAACCCUCCCGCUUCCUACGUACACUACUCUUAUCCAAUGUCUCUCGUCUUGUUUCUCAUAAUAUCUUUCUAUAAGAGCGUCUAAAUCGAUUCUUUGCCAAAGCGAUAAACGACAGAUAUCAAAUGGAAAAAAUUAUAGGUUAUGGCACCUGUGCUACGUCCGGUUCUGCCCGGAACUAAAAUUUUAUUGACAACAUCCUGUACCCAGCAUAUUAUUAUUAUUAUUAAUAUAACUAUAAUUCAAAUCUAAAAUCAAAUAAGAAUUACUUUGUACGAAUUUACAUAUUCCAAGAUAAUCAAAUGAGCUUUGGAAAGCUUUCGAAAAUAAUGGGAAAACUUAAUUCGUAAAAUAUAACGAUUAUAAUAUUAUAGUGUACAAUUUCUCUUACAAAUGGAGAGUGCACACUUUAUAUCUAUCAAAGUAGCCAAGUUCAAUCAAUUUAGAUAAACUUUUUAUAUCAAUUCAGUAUGCAAAAUUA